AUGGCAUCACUAGAUUCAACAAUUGUUCGUGUAGUUGAUAAUAUAAAAAAAAGUGAUAGUGACUCAUGGAAUUAUCGUGGAUUAGAACUUUCAAAUGAGAUGCUUGUUGUACUGAUAAGUCAUCCAAAUAUUGACAAAGCAGCUGCUGCACUUGAUGUUUCAGUCGGUAAUUUAGCUGAUUCAAGAGAUGUUCCUGGUACUGCUCAUUUUCUUGAACAUAUGCUUUUUAUGGGUAGUUCGAAAUAUCCAGGUGAAAAUGAAUAUUCAAAAUUGAUAGAAGGAAAUGGUGGCUAUAAGAAUGCUUUUACUAGUGGUGAUCAUACAAAUUAUCGUUUUGAUAUUAAUCCAAAUUUAUUACCCGAAGCACUAGAUGUUGAAUCAUUAAGAACAACACCUAAACAACGUAGCAUUGAUAUUCGACAAGUACUUUUGGAUUUUCAUAAAGCUGAAUAUUCAUCAAAUCGAAUGAGUUUAGCUGUACUUGGCAAUCAAUCACUUGAUGAACUUCAAUCACUUGUUAUGAAAAGUUUUAAUGAUGUUCCAAAUAAAAAAUUAAAACCAGCUAAAUAUCCUUCGGAUCCAUAUGGUGAAAGUCGAUGGGAAGAAAUUAUUUAUAUUAUUUAUCAAUAUAUAGCUAUGUUAAGAAAAGAAGGACCAAACGAAUGGAUUUUUAAUGAAUGCAAAAAUUUAGAAGCAAUGUAUUUUCAAUUUCGUGAAAAAGAACCAGCAAAUGAUUUUGUCUCAAAUUUAGCGGGUCGAAUGAGGAAUUAUCCAUUAACUGAAUGUCUUUCUGGCGAUUAUGAAAUGCGUGAAUUUCGUCCAGAUUUAAUAAUUGAAGAACUUAAUGAGUAUUUAAUUCCAAGUAAAAUGCGAGUAUUUCUUCAAAGUAAAAAAUUUACUUCGAUUGCAACAGAAAAAGAAAAAUGGUUUGGUACACAAUAUAAACAAGAAUAUUUACCUGAAGAACUUAUUAAACGUUGUGAAACAUGUGAACUUAUUCCUGAACUUCAUUUACCAAUACCAAAUAAAUUUAUUCCAACUGAUUUUCAUUUAUUUUCAAAAGAACAACAUUCCGCACGACCACAAUUACCAAUAAAAAUAAAAGAAAAUGAAUUUUGUCGACUUUUUUAUGGUGAAGAUACAUUUUAUAGAUUACCUAAAGCAUAUCUUUAUUUUGAAUUACGAAAUUCGUUAGGAUGUGCAGAUCCAUUACAUUCUAGUAUGAAUGCACUUUAUGCUGGAUUAGUUAAAGAUUCUUUAACUGAGAUUGUUUAUCCAGCCCAACUUGGUGGAUUACAUUAUGAAUUAUUUGAUUUAAAAUAUGGUAUACAGUUAACUGUAUAUGGAUUUAAUCAUAAAAUUAAACAAUUACUUGAAACGAUUAUUGAUUGUAUGGUUAAUAUUAAAGUUGAUCCUCAACGAUUUGAAAUAUUAAAAGAAAAACUUAAAGCAUCGUUAAAAUCUUUUCCUGAGCGUGAUCCUUGGGAAAUGGCACAUUAUGGUCUUAAAUAUUUAACAGCUGAACAUCAAUGGAAUUAUGGUGAAUUACUUAGUUGUAUUGAUAAUAUCACAGUACAUAAUCUAGAUUCAUUUAUAACACAGAUGUUAACUCGUUUUUUUACGGAUUCAUUAAUGUAUGGAAAUUUAACAGAAGAUCAUGCACUUGAAUAUAUGAAUUUAUUUGUACAAAAAUUCCAAGAAAAACAUUUUUAUCAACUACUUUUCCCCGGUAUGUGGUUUAAUCAACGUGAAUUAACAUUACCAGAAGGUUAUUGUAAUUAUGCAUAUAAAAUGCUUAAUGAUGCUCAUAAAAUAUAUGCUAUUGAAAUAUAUUUACAAUGUUUUCAACAAACACUUGAAAAUACUGCUUUACUUGAAUUAUUUUGUCAUCUCGUUCAUGAACGUUGUUAUGAUCAAUUAAGAACAAAAGAACAAUUAGGUUAUAGUGUUAGUUCUGGUGCACAUCGUUCACUUGGUGGUAUACAAGGUUUUAGUGUUGCUGUGCAAUCGCCUAAAAACCUUGAUCAUGUUAAUCAACGUAUUGAAUUAUUCAUUGAUUCAAUAAGAGAUUAUAUUUCGAAUAUGCCUGAUCAUGUAUUUAAAAAACAGCGUGAAGGUUAUGUGGUAAAAAAAGUCGAAAUUCCAAAGGGAAUGUAUGAUCAAGUACAUAAAUUUUGGUAUGAAAUAACCAGUCAUCAAUUUUGUUUCGAUCGACCUCAACUUGAAGUUGAAAUAAUAAAAUCUUUGGAACGUACUGAUUUACUUCAUUUUUAUGAUCAUUAUAUAUCAUUAAAUUCUAUUCACCGUCGUAAAUUAUCUGUUCAUGUUAAUUCAUCUGCAACAGCAUUACAAAGAAUAGAUGAUGAAGAACCUAUCAUUGACGAAGAAACUGAAUUAGCAGCUGUUCUUGAUGAAGAAUUACCUUCGCCCACUGAUGAAGAAAAUACUGAAAAAAUAAUUGAAGGAGCUGUUGAACAUACAGUUAAAUUAACUGAACAAUCGCCUAUUAUUGAUACAAUAACUGAUAAAGAUUCUAAAGAAAAAGAAAAUAUUAUAUCUGAAAAACAAAUUAAUUUACCAAAAGAAGAAUGGAUUGAUAAUGUUUAUGUAUGGAAAAGUAAAAUGCCAUGUUAUCCACUUGCUCAAUCAUAUGAAAACAUUGACAUACCAGUUCUCCACAGAUUAUAA